CACGCUCGUUAGUUAUUGAUCAAUAUUUGUUUUUUUUUUUUAUAUUCCGGAGUGUUGGUGCCAGAGAAUGGUACUUGUCUAGUAGGUUUCGUAAAAGUGAUCGCAUAAAUUUCUGCUUUGGAUUUUUCUUUAUAGUAAAGUUCUUUUACCUUCGCCAAAAUGUCAGGGCUGUUUAAUAUUAUGGAAGGUUAUAACCAUUUUAUGAAAACACAUCAAGAUCCCAGAACGAAGGAUUGGUUUCUAGCAGGAAAACUUGGUCACCUUGUAGUCAUAUUAGUCACUUAUGUAUAUUUCUGUACAAAGGCAGGCCCCAGGUAUAUGAAAGACAAAAAACCAUAUGAACUGAAGAAAACGAUUCAAAUUUAUAAUUUGUUACAAGUGUUUGCUAGUGCAUAUAUAUUUAACGAGGGAUUACAAGGAGGUUGGGCAACAGACUAUGACUACUUUUGUCAACCAGUAGUACCCGGAGAGAAAGGAAUGAGGAUAGCGACAGGAGUUUGGCUUUACUUCAUAUGCAAGUUAAUAGAAUUAUUAGAUACAGUGUUUUUCAUUUUAAGAAAGAAAUAUAACCAGGUGACGUAUUUACAUCUAUAUCAUCACACGCUUAUGCCUAUAUGUGCAUGGAUUGGAGUCACAUUUUUGCCAGGUGGUCAUGGAACCCUUUUAGGUCUAAUAAAUUGUUUUAUACAUAUCAUUAUGUACGCUUAUUACUUCCUGUCGUCGUUAGGACCACACUUCCAGAAAUACUUGUGGUGGAAAAAAUAUGUUACCAGUCUCCAAAUGAUCCAAUUCUGUAUUGUUUUCUGGCAUAACUUCCAAGUACUCUUUAGACAGUGCGAUUACCCAAAGUUUUUGAAUGUCCUUCUGGCUUCCCAAGCGGCAUACUUUCUCUAUUUGUUUGGGUGCUUCUACGUAAAUAGUUACAUAAAAAACAAAAGACCGAAAACUGACAAAGGUCAGAACGGAGAACUAGCAAAUGGAGUUAUCAAAAACGGAUUGAAUAAUGGGCAUAUGGGAAAUGUGUGUUCUCGGGAAAGCGGGAAAGCUAAGGCUACUUAGGUUGAUUUAACUUUUUAAUUUUUAAAACUUAAAAUUAUUCAGAAUUUAGAUAUAUAUAUAUAUAUAUAUAUAUAUAUAUAUAUAUAUAUAUAUAUAUAUAUAUAUAAUUAGUUAGGUAUUUUAUUUUAUAUAGGUGGAAACUACACAGUAGAUACUAUUUAAUAUAUUGAUGAACAUCUGGUACAAAUAUUCAGAUAUCUGUGUAAUUAAAAAAAAAUUCCUUAAACGUUAUCUGUCGAAAGAGUCUCUUGUAGAGUCAUUCCACAGUCAUUCUACAUUGAAUUUUUCCUCGGUGAUUUCCUGUAAAAAAUUUUGUUUUGGUGUUAUUUUCAUUUUAUCUUUGUACUAGUUUGUGUUCAGUGCCUGCGUCUGCUGAGUUUAAAGUUCGGAUAUCUAGAAUUUCCUUUGGGUGGAUUUUUCUAUUAAUGACUAUAAAAUCAAUCAUAGAUUUAUGCCCCCUGGAGUUUUCAAAUGUAUAUUUAUACUGGAGCUUAUGGUCGAAAAAUGUAUUAUUGAGUUCGUUAAAAGCGUAGAGAUUAGCCAUGAGUUCUCCAUUUGCGUUGACAUGAGUUUCAUUAAAUUUUUGUUUUACUCCUGGAACUAUGUAUUUCAUUUCCAAUUCGUGCAUUAAAUUCACCCAUAAGAAUUA